UGGAGUUUGGAGUGUGACUGACUGAGAUUGUGGACAGGUGUAUUUUAUACCGAUAAUGAGUUAAAACAGGUGCCAUUAAUAGAGGUAACGAGUGGAGCCUUGUUAGACCUCGUUAGAAGACGUUAGACCUCUUUGACAGCCAGAAAUCUUGCUUGGUUUUAGGUGACCAAAUACUUAUUUCCCACUCUAAUUUGGAAAUAAAUUAUUUAAAAACCAAACAAUGUGAUUUUCUGUUUUUUUUUCCCCCACAUUCUGUCUCUCAUGGUUGAGGUUUACCCAUGUUGACAAUUACAGCAGACCUGUUAAGUUUCACGAUUUGGUCGGGAGACUCCCGAUUUUGACCCCAAUGCUCACGCCUCACGAUUAGAAAGCCAAAUCUCCCGAUUUUCCAAAAAUGUCAAUUUUUUUUUUUUUUUUACAUUUUUGUUUGUCACCGUUUUGUAACGAUACCAUUCGGCCCGAUUCGGAAAGUGACCAAUAACGAAUAGCCUGGCCGUCUCCGACUUCCCUGCCCUCCCUCCCCUUCAGAGCUGGAAGAGCCCAACCAAACAUCUGACAGGGAGGGAAGAGGCGAAGCACCAUCGACUUCCCAAGAUGCUGGCACUAAUAAACCGGCUUUUAGACUGGUUCAAGUCUUUAUUUUGGAAGUAAGAGAUGGAGCUGACCCUGGUCGGCCUCCAGUAUUCGGGAAAAACGACGUUCGUCAACGUAAUUGCCUCUGACGAAACCCUAAUUGGAGUGAUGGUUGAUGAGAUGAAGAGGCUGCUGAGGAAGCUGAUGUCCAAAUUUGUGCAAAUGGAUGUGAUCAGGAAAGCUGAGGAUAUCCUAGAUGUUGAUUACACGAACAAAGAGAACUGGCAUGACACAGGCAACAUAGCAGUAUCACAUGAUGCCAGACAAUACAUGGAGCAAGUUGAAGACUAUCUCUGAUGCCACCAAAAAGAGUGAUUGUCGCGCGCGCGCGUCAUCGGGGUUGGCAAACAGAAAUCUCCCUAUUUGCAAUUUCUACAACUUAACAGCAGCCUUAUGCGCGGGGCUGCAGGCCUCAACGCUGGAACCCUCCAUACCUAACCGAGUGCUGACUGUGGUGGGCUCAUGUGCUCUCAUCCCCUGCUCCUUCACUUCCCCUUCAACGUCGGGAAGCAAACGCUCUGAGGUGGACGUGCGCUUGCGCCUGCGAGGUCGCCGCCGACUCUCCUUCUUCCCUACUUCCUGUGUGGCCUUCAACAGCGAAGAGGCGGAGGACAUCGACGAUGAUUUCCAAGGACGCGUGUCGCUGUCGGGUUCGGUGACUGAUGGCGACUGCUCAAUGAAGAUGGAAGGGAUCAGCAUGGAGGACGCAAAGACUUAUGAAGUGGCUUUAAAGGGGACUGGAGAAUCUAAUUGGGGGAGGGCUAAAUCUUUCAGUCUGGACGUUGUGGACACCCCCGAUGCUCCUGUUAUCAGCGGCGUGUCGUCAGCAGCGGAGGGUCAGGUGGUCACCUUCAACUGCAGUGUUCGCUUCCAGUGCCCCACCGGGCCCCCGACUUUGCGUUGGAAGUGGGAAAGAGGGGUGCAUCCGGUGGGGGACCAGGAAGUGCGGACCCUCUACGAACAAGAUCGCCAACUGCUGCUGCAGUCAUCGUUCACAUUCAGGGUGACACGGCAGGUGAAGGCGGGACUACGAUGUGAGCUCAGCUACCCCACAGCCAAUUUGGUGGCCGCCGUCAAGGAUCUGCGUGUUACAUUCCCACCAAAAGAGGUGAAAGUGCAGGUGCAGACCCUGACAGUGCAGGAAGGGGGCAGCGUCCUGCUGGCCUGCUCGUGCAAAGCCGACCCGCCGGUGUCCGAGUACCACUGGUCCUACCGCCAGCAUGGGCACACAGUCCACCUACAACAGCGCACGCACAGCAUCCGCCUGUACAACGUGACGCGGGACAUGGCAGUCCACUGCAUGGCCGAAAACUCGGUGGGACGCGCCCAGUCACGGGCCACCGUCCUCAACGUUCAAUAUAAGCCUGUCAUCGAGCGCCACUUGUCAAUUUGCAUGAUGAAUGACGGGGAGCUGAGCUGCGUCUGCUCGGCGCGGUCCAACCCGCGUCCCGCCAUCAGCUGGAGUGUCAAUGGUACCACGCUGCCGAGGGGUUACAAUGCGUCCCUCUCAGCCGACGCCCUCACGGCCACUCUACGGGGUCGCACGGACGGUGGGGAGCAGACGGUCACCUGCUCGGCCCGCAACGUGCUUGGGAACGACUCCAUGAUUCUGUUCCAGCGACAAGGAGAGGGCGACUUCUGGCUUCUGCCAUGGCUCUUGAUCCCUGCCAUCACCGUCAUCUUGUUCACCAUCUCGCUGACCGUGAUCGUUAUCAUCUGCUGCUGUCGAAAGAAGUCGAGCAAACGCAUGCUGAGUGAACGUCUUGCCGGAGUUGGACCCUGCCAGACCCGCAUGCCGGUCUACAUCAACUGCUCGGAGGUCAGUCACGUGUACACCAACGGAAGUUAUCAGCUACUCUACCAGAACUGCACGCCGCGCUUCGUUCGGAACAAACAGGCGCGCCGGAUGGGCAGAAGAGGCGGUGAGAGAAGGCGGGGGGGUCCGCCUGGAGCCGUAGACACUCAUAUCCCUCCUAGAGAGGAGCGCGGUGCCCCUGCUGCUGAUCCAGAAUCAGCCAUCUACUUGGAGAUCCUCUAAAACUCUUCACUGAAGGUUGAUGAUGACCCCCUGACAUUUCUCUGUACUCCAUUUUAUUUAUGUGACAGACGGAAAGCUUUGAUGGCUCCUUUGUCUUCUUUGAUUUGAUCUUGUCUGCUCAUGUGCACACAAAUGGAUUCUUGUGAAGACAUUUUAUGUUCCUCAGGAGGCGGGCAGACAUAAAAAUAACUUUAUUGGAUUUAUGACAAAAGUAGAUUACAUUGAUAUUGCAGUUUUUUGUUGCUUGAACCAAGACCUUGCACCCUUUUUGUAAUAAUCGUAGAAAAGUAAUGGAUGUAAUGAGAUGUAGUUUAGCUUUAAAAUGUCACAUAAAAAGAUAAUUAGUAAUACGAUAAAAACAAGAUUGAGUCAUAACUAAGAGAAGCUAUAAAAGUUGAAUGAAAUUUUAAAUGGCAUGGGAAAAGUUGUCAAAAGUAGGGGAAUCAUUACAAUGAUUGUAAGACAGUGAUCCCUCAUUACUUCGUGCUUCAAACAUCGCGCCCUCAGUCCAUCGCGGAUUUUUUUUCGAUGAAAAAAAAAUGCUGGAUUUUAUAGAGUUGUCCCAUCCGAUCACGUACAGCCUCUCACUCUCCCUCCUAAACUGGUUCUUUCUCACCAGGCAGCUGCAGCUUGUUAAUGUAAACGAUGAGUGACACGGGAGCUGCUUUGAAGUGGCCAGGCAAUUACUUUUCAAAGCCCGCCGUCUUGUUCAACUUUUUAAACGUUGGCUGUAGUCACUGACUCGCUAGGGCAACUCAUUGUGUUGUGUCGUGUGCUGUUCCAAGCAGCUUGAGUUGAUUUGAAAGGACUUACUCAAUGAAGAAUUUAAUAAAGAAUUAUACUUUGGGGAAAAUCAUGUAUUAUAUGUAUCUCUGUCCAAUGCUAAAUCUGAAUAAAUACUCUGAACACCCCCCCCCCAUUUUUUUUUUUUAAUAUAAAUUGGCUACACCUCUACUUCGCGGAUUUUGAUUAUCGGGCGGUGCGGGGGGAGAUGGUCCCCAUCAACCGUGAAAACGAGGGAUCACUACUUGGUUAUUUUGAAGCAAGAAUUUUUUAGUGUUUAAAAUACAAACAAAACAAUAAACGGUUUGAAAUUUCAGAUUUUUCAUGACAAAAUAACCAUGUUUUUUUUUAGUUCACUGCCAAUGACAGUGGCAGACAAUCAAUCCACCUCAACUGGGAUGACUGGCAUUUAGUCAUCAUAUUUAGCUGCCAGGGACGUCAAAGAAUGUCCAAUCUAAUUUCACAAUGGGGGGUGGCUGGCAGCGAUCGAAAAUUCAAUUAAUGAAAAUGAUUCUACAUUUAAGCAAUUUAAUCAAAAGUGACCAGGGAAAUAACUGCAUUGAUUAAUAAAUAAAAGUAUUCUUUCAUACUAAAAAAUACAGGUGUUUUUUUUACUAAUAAUUUAUUAUAACCAGAAAAAGGACAAUAUUGAUUCAGAGAUGAAAAUCAUUGAAAAAAUUUUUUACAUUUUUUUUUUUUUUUACCAAAAUCAAUAAUACAAUAUCAUUUAAAAACAUUUGCUUCAGCUAUUUUUGUUAUGGGCUGUAUACAAACAGCAUAUGAAUAUAAAAUAUGAAGCAAUUUUCCAACACAGCUAGAAAAUGGUUUACCAGAGAACUGAACUGGCACAAAGUACAAUACAGGCACUUUUAUUUUUCCAACUCCUAUACCUUUUUCCAUUUACAUGUAGAUGACAUUUCGAUUCUUUGCAGUGACCUCCUUUAACCUUGGUCUAUAAAACUCCUGUUUUGC